AUGACAUCGGAACAACGACAAAAUACAACAGCUGAUUACGAUAACACGCAUAGCAGUAUGCAAAACAAAAUGGAACCAAUACAAGAAAUCAUUAAAGACGCUGUCGAUAGUUUAGAACUAGAUAAGGAAACUAGGACCAAUGUAAAUAAUAAAGUUAAUGAUAAUACACUAAGUUAUAAGAUUAAUAAUUACAACAACGCGAUCGUUCGUGACAAUUUUAAUAAAUUUGAUGAAAUUUAUACAGAAGACGAUGAUGCUUUUGAAAGGAAUAUAAAUAUACAAAAAGAUCAUGUAGAUAAACUUAGAGCGAAAAUUUUUCCGAACGAUUUUGUAUCACAUUUAUUACCAAAGAGAAGAGUAAAGAGAGAGGAUGAACCAGAUCCGAGGUGUGAGAAGUUUAUUUACAAUAACAUCGAACAAAAGUACAUUCAACAUCCUCAUGGGAAUGUCCAAAAUAAUUACUAUUAUAGUGAUUUAAACUGCGUCACAGUCAUAAAAGGUCCAGAAGGGCACGUGGUUGAACUCACAUUCGUUGAUAAAUUCCAUAUCGAGUACCAAGCUGAUUGCGCUUACGACUUUUUAGAAAUUCGUGAUGGCCUAAGAGGAUACGCUAAAUUACUAGGCAAGGUGUGUGGUGAAGCAUUUCCUAGACAGAUUAUUUCGACUGGACCAAACGUUUGGCUCAAAUUUCACUCUGACGAUACAAUAGAAUACGAAGGAUUUCAAAUCAAUAUCAGAUUCAUACCUACAGCCAACAGCAUCAGUGUACCAGAAAGCUGCAAUAUCGAAAUGAGUGGAACCCAUGGAACUAUUAGUUCAUAUGAAAUAAAAGAUGAAUGCCUAACCCAGAGCUUGAACCAGGCGCUAGAUGUUCUAUGGACGAUAAAAGUUGGAGUCAAUCUAAAGAUCUAUUUGAACUUCACUACUUAUGCGCUCGCCAAGCCCAAUGAAUGUGAAGAUAAUUUCGUCCAAGUCUUUGGAUAUAAGUUGGAGUAUGAUUCGAGGCUAGCGUUUUACUGCGGUUCUGUUGCUAACCCGGUAAACACCAUGGAUGAUCUUAAAGAUGGUACUAAUGACAAAGCAAAUAUCAUGUAUGUUCGUCUGUACGCUUCAAAAUCUGGGAAAAAGUCUAACUUCACUGCUGUCUUCACUGCUUAUAGAAGUUUGGACACCAGUAAAGAUAAUGAUAAAUGCACAGAAGAUGAGUUUGACUGUGAAGAUAACACUUGCAUUGCAAUUGAUCUAAAAUGUAAUGAUUACGCAAAUUGCAGACUUAAAGCAGAUGAGGAAAAAGAGAAAUGUACUGUUAUCACCGAGUCCAUGAUCAACCAAACCCACAUCAAAGUGAUCCUGAUCAUCUUCUGCCUCAUCCUCUCCGGCAUGAGCUUCGUAUUCUUCUUCAAGUGCAUCAGGAAAUUGUAUCAAGAUCACAAGAUUAUCAAAGAACAUAUUCGUCAAUCCUGCGAAGAUCGCUUGGACAGUAUGGUGAGCAGCCGUCUAACCCUCGACGCGAAGAGGCUUCAACGAGAUAGUGAACCCAGAGCCAGUCUUGAAAGAGACAACCAGACGAAUGAAAUGUUCAAACAGCAGAGGAAGUUUUCUCAACAAAAAAUACGGCCAACAAGCAUAGAUUCAGACUUCAUACAAGAAACACAUUUGGAAAUAGAAGAUGAACAGUGGCGGUUAGAAGUAAACUCCGUACAAGUGGACACAGAAGAUGUUAAAAUAGAACGUAACGGAAGAACAAGAAGAAACGAUAUGAGUAAGAGAGAAGAAUCGAUGAGAAGGAAAAGGGAAGCUUCAGAGAAGAAGCAAAUAAGAGACGUUUCUGUCGGUGCUCCGGACACUAAAGAAUCGGGAUGUCAGACGAGGGAAAGUCUCUUCCAAACUGACCCAGCAGUUAGUUCUGACGGUUCAGGAACAACGAACAGCCGAGGCUUUUCCACGUUCGGGUACUCCGGCGCGACCAUAGUCAGACCGUCAUCACCGCGGACAAACACGUCACAGAUCACUAUAGAACUACUGAGGCAAGCUACCGAACAGGAAGAUAAACAACAAAAGAAAUUUCAAGAUCGUCGCCCAAUGAGCAACGAGACAACACGAUCGGCUCCUGAUGUCAUCAUAGUCUCCAAGCCGAUUCGCUGAGGAUGACCUUCGGGGCCCCCACCGUGGGCCCCGACACCCCCAUGCUUCUACGAGGCCCCUAGGGAACCAAGAACUUGCCCGGAAGGCUCCUACCAGCCUCACUCUUGUUGCGAUAAUAAUUUGUCUAAAAGUGUAUCAUUUGACAAUUGUGAAGGCUACUAUAGCCAACAUUUCGAUGAAGGGCCCAAAUUAAUAUAUGACUAUUGCCUAAAAAGUGAUUUUAAAUCGAAAACACUGCCAAGGAACGUCGGUUCUUCUGUAGAUGUUAAGAAGAUUGAUUCCCACAGAAGUGUUUGCUUCUAUGGUGUCGACGAUUCACCUGCUAGAAGUAGAAAGUUCAUAGUGAAAGCCGACAUCGAACCCCCUAGAUAACGAAGAUAUCUUUAGUAAAUAGCUAUAAGGAUUGUGUUUUUGUUGUAAUUUAAAAUAAUUUAUAGUAUAUGUUAUUAGAUCAAUCAGCUCUGGUGC